AGUUGUUAUUAGAUUAGAUUAGAUUAACUUUAUUUAUCCCACAACUGGGAAAUUCACACAUAUAUUGCUGUAGAUACACAAAGUCAAGUGACUAUGACUUGUCAAAUGCCACCAGCCCCAACAAAUGGGAAGUGAGACCUCUUAAGUUCCUGCCUUCCUCUUUUUAUAUAAAGUGGCAGUUCAUUUAGUAAGGGUCUUUGCUGAGUUGUUUUCCCCAGAUAUUCUCUUUUACAGAUGUUGUACAAACAACACAAAAAGGAGUCGACCUGAUUCUUUAUCUCUGCUGUUCCAGCCAGAGGGAGUAGCCGUCUUGACCUGGCCCUAACUGGACAUCAAGUGGAACGAAACCAGAGCUUUGAGGCAGAUCCUGAACAGCUUCACCAACAGGAUGAGAGGGAGGAAAAAGCAGCGAGGGGGGAAGCAAUGAGUUACACCUUGAAGCAGUCAACCGGCUUUGGAAACCAACCAUCCUGAUAAUUUCAUUUCUCCCAGAAAACAAAAGACUGAUGACACGAUAAAUGGAGAGAAACAAGAAAAGCCUUCUGCUGUUUCUACUUCUAGCUCUGCUUCAUGUCUGCGCUGUCAGAAUGGACGUUGCAGACUGUCCGAGCCACCCAGAGAAAAAUCUCACCUGCUACAAUGACUACAAUAGUAGCAUCACUUGUGUGUGGAACAGUGCAUACGACCACACGGAUGCUGUGUGCACACUACACGCUAAAAGGAAUAUUUCAAUCAAGACACUUGAAUAUUACACUUCCUGUAACCUAGAGCCUGUUGACAUCUCCAGACCAGCGCUAAAGAAGUGCUCCCUGGACUUCAAUAGAAGAGCCACUUUUUCCGAGGACAAUGUAUAUUCCAUUAAUCUGACCUGUAAACCUGCCAAGCAAAUUUUGACAAUUUCUUACAUACCGGUUUGCCACGUAAAGCUGAAUCAUCCAGGAAAACCAGAUAUCAACUCCACCACCAUUUCUUGGGUUAUAACCCGUGGAAAAAUAAAAUCUUUUAUCUCCGAACUGCAGUGGAAAGAAGGGGAUCAGUCAUGGAAUGAUCCCUCUGUGCAGAAAAAAUACAAAGAAUGCAAUUUGAAGUGCGAGACAGAGCUGGACCCCGACCUGCUUAUAAAAGGAGAGAGGUACGAGGCACGCGUUCGAGUGAAGGCUGAUGUAAACUGGGUCAAGUCAACCUGGAGUGACUGGAGCCCCACUGCAUCAUGGGUGUCACCUGAAGGUAGACCAAAACCACCACCACUAUCAGGUGUUGCCGCGAAGAUAUGGGGCAUGAUCAUCGCAGGCGCAGGGUUUGCCUUCUUUCUGGCUGUCAUACUCUUGAGGAAUGACAAAGGCACCUGGGUUUACAAGAAGAUCAAAGGUUCGCCCCUUCCAGACCCAGGAAAAUCCUCCCUGAAGGAUAUGGAUUUCCAGAAUUGGUUGAGCCCCCACUCGACCAGCGAACUCUUUUUCUCCUUGAAACCGGAGGAUAUCAUCUCUGUAGAGGUAACCUCCACUGCGGAUGCUGUCACACGUUGCAAGAAAGAGGCGGCACUGCUGGAGAAGAUGAAAAGCGAGAAUGGCUAUGAGUCGACCAGUUCCAGCUUCUCCAACCCCAGUUACUCCCAGCCUCUGGUCUCCUCGUCCACCACAGGGAAUGUGGAGCCCUGUGCCGCUGAUACACCUAAUGGGUCUGUUGGUAGUCAGGGUAAUGGUAAAACUGCAGAAGAGGUUAGGGAGGAAGAAAGAAAGAAAAAAAUGGAGAUCCAGCAGUUGCUUUCCAAAGGCAACAACAACAGUGAGCCAGUGCAGGUCAUUUCAGACUAUGAGAAACCCCUGGUCGAGCACCAGAGCAGAGGCGAAGAGGUUAGUCAAGAGAGUCUGGAAGCAGAUAGCAUUGGUGCAACUGACAGCCAUGAUGAGGGGUCAGAGGACAAAAAGCAGGAGAGAGAGGGAGGGGAUGGAAAAGUAGAUUUCAAGAUGCUGUUUGGAGGCAGUGGAAGCCUUUUUGGCAAAGGGUCCAUUCAGGUUUGUUCUGAUUAUGAGCAAGUCCAGAGGAUGCCUCCUUGCAGCCCUGAGCUGCCGAGCAUGGAUUCAGGGGUUUGUAGUGGGAGCGAAGAGCAGGUGAGUCAUGAGGAGAGCCUGGAGGACUUUGAUAAGUCCAUUGAAUCCACAAGCUUCCAGUUUCCUCUGACUCUUCCCUGUACUUUACCAUGCGCCUUGUCUUCUUUCCCACAACUACCUUUGAAGUUCUCUGGAACAGAUAUGAGUCCACCUCUACAACCUUCAAGUCCAAGUCACAAACUGGAGGGGAUCGCUCUGAUGACAAUGUCCAGGUCAAUGGAACCUUCUGGUGAUGGAUAUAUGCCAGCGAGACAGGAAGAGAGUUAAAAAAAAAAAAAGACAGAAAUCUUUGCAGUAUGUAGUAAACGGUCAAUGUCGUAGAAUAUAAUAUGAAGCACACGCAGCAUUGUUGAUCAGCUUGCAGUAUUCUUAUUCUCUUUUACUGGUGCACUGGUAUCCACUGGCCGACUUAGUGCAGUCUGCAGUCAACAGAAUUGUUUUAUUCUCUCCUGUGGUCAUGGCUCAUGUGUGUGUUCAACAAGACAUAUGAACAAUACGGUGAUUCAAUCAUUCAUGAUUGCACCACUAAAGGUCAAAAAAUCCAAAGGAGAACUUCAGUGUCAUGAUGUAUCAUAUUUAAUUUAUAUAUAUAUAUUUAUACAUUUUAUUCAUUUAUAUAUGUAUGGCAGCUAUAUUAAAAUGCACUGACUGUGAAGAUGAAUAAGUAAAUUGUUUCUUAUCUCUUUAUUUUUUCUUAAGAAACACUUGCUCUUGCACUAGUAUUUAUACUUACACCAACGCCUCGUACUGCACUGAAGCUUUAGUGAUGUCCCUCACUUGUAAGUUGCUUUGGAUAAUGAGCAAAUAUAAAUGUAAAUACAAAUAUUAAUAAAGGGCAGAAAGU